AUGGCCACCGAGACCAUGGUUUCCGAGUUCCGUACAGUCAUCGAGGGGGAUCCGGAGCCCGUGCCGGCCGAGGAGCGCGAGCGCCGCGCGGCCCUCGAGGAGGCCAAGCGCCAGAAUGAGAAUGGCCUGGUAGCUCUGGAGAGCACUCCCCCGGCAGGGGGCUCCGAGGUCGUGCGCAGCGCCAGCUUGGAAUCGGACCCUGGGUCGCGGUCCGGGUCUUCCACCCGCUCCCUCUCGCGGUCGUCUUCUUCCAACCGGAGCAGGAAGGAGAUGCUGGUGCUCAAGGGCCAGGCGGUCGGGGCGCUCCCCCGGGGGGCCAGCCAGGACGACGACGAACUGGAGGGGGUCAUUGAGAGGGCGGGGAUUGCCCCCUCGGAGGGGGGGGAGGUGCAUGAAACUAUUGUGGGCGACAAAGACCCUGUUCCAGAACAGGAGGAGGAGCGGCGGGCCGCCGUUGCGGGGGGGCAGGAGAAGAAGGGAAUGGGGGCGAAGAUCAAAGAGAAAGUUGCGGGGCUGUUUGGUGGGCGCGGGGGCGAGAGGAGGGGCAGUGGUUCGGAGUCCGCCAGCGGUGAAGCCGACGAGACCUCCAAGGCAGCCGACCUCGGGUCCGGCUGGACCGGUGCAGGCGCCCUGACGCAGGACGCCUCGAAAGCAAACAAGGGUGUGACGUCAGCUGCUGACUUGGCAUCGGCCGGAGGCGAGCACGCGAAUCCGGAGCUGGCGGACAACCACUGGGGCCCAGCCCUCGGGUCUGGCGGAGCUGGGGUGGACGACGUGGAGGGGGUCAACGACGACGGUGUGAUUCGCAUCCGGGGGGGUGGCUACGACUCCGACGAGGAGCUCGAGUUCGACCCCCCCGAAGAAGGGACGACGGGCGGCGGUUUUGAGGGCGGGAUGAUGCGCCUGAGGGGAGGGGGAGACACCGGGGAUUUGGCGAAGGAAGAGGCGGCGGCAGAGACGGUUCUCGAGGCGGGCGCGAAGAAGUCGACCGGACUUACCGCGGCAGGGGGGUCUGUUUUCAAGGCCCGGAAGGAGGAAGAGGACGACACGGAUUACGAUCACGGCGUCAAGGGCGUUGGCACCGGCAAGGAGCCGUCCGAGGCGCACGGUGUGAAUACGAGCGAGACGGGCAAGGUGAAAGCGCCUGGGCUGGGGGGUCGGAUCGUGGAGGAGCUGCAGGCGUUUACCGGGAUGUUUUCGGGGAAGAAGACGGAGAAGUGAAUGGGCGAUGAUUGGGGGCUAGAAAGCACUGGGGAAGACCUUAGGUUGAAUGAUUGAUUGGCUGCGCAUGUGAGGAGGGCCUAGUCGGGGGAGGGCGAUCGAGACACCGGCCUCAGUACGUAGUGGCUAAAGCGUCAUCGCAGGUAGCUUGAUUCUAUUGCGGCUGUACGUGCCGUGUAUACUUGCUAAAUUAGACAAGGGCUGUAAAGCGGUUUUGUCGUCGUUUUCAUAUAGGAAUUGGCACGUCCAUUCUAGGGCCCAGUUCUUUUCUUAGUGCUAGCUUUUGUCUUUUAAGCCAGCGGUAACACCGCCAACCUUUGUGAUUACAGCAAAGGGUACUGCCUAUUAUAGUAAAGGGUACUGCCUAGAAACUAUUGUGUGCAAGAUGUUAUAUCCGGAAUGUAUUGAAUGUCUACUAGUACGCAUUCAAAAUCCCUCCGUGUG